AUGAGUGCAUACGGAGAGAACAACUACUCCACGUCUGGAUACGGCGCAAACGGCGGCGAUAAUGCAGGCGGUUUCUUUGGAGGAUCGCAGGGAGGCAGCCAGAGCGGAGGAAAGGGCUUUGGCGAAGAGACACUACGUCCCGUGACGAUAAAGCAAAUCAUCGAUGCCAACCAAGCCUACCCAGAUGGCCCUUUCCGGAUCGACGACCUCGACGUGACACAAGUGACCUUUGUCGGCAUGGUCCGCAACGCCUCAGAACAGACAACCAACAUUACCUACCAGAUUGACGACGGCACCGGCAUCAUCGAAGUCAAGCAGUGGCUCGAUGCGGACAAGGAAAAUAAGCCGAGCCACGAACUCAUGGAAUACGUUCGUGUUUACGGCAGACUCAAGAGCUUCAACAACAAGCGACACGUCGGCGCCCAUGCCGUGCGGGCUUGUACCGAUUACAACGAGGUCUCGUACCACCUGCUCGAGGCCACUUACGUGCACCUGUCGUUUACGAAGGGCGCUCCCGGAGGCAACGGCAUGACCAACGGAGAUGGCAAUGCAGGCGAUGACGACAGCAUGUUUGUAGAUGGUGGUAACGAUCAAAAGGGAACCGACGCGAACGGGGAAAUUGCAUCCAAGCUGCGGAUGUGCUCACAGAAAGCCCAGAGAUUCUUCCAAUACUUGAACACAUCCGACCACGGCGCCGAGGGCAUACAUAUCCACGACAUUGCCUCGGCCACCAAAAUGAGCAUUGCUGAUGCUCAGGCCGCUGCAGAUGAGCUCAUUGGCCCCGGCAUGAUUUUCACCACUACUGAUGAUGAUACAUACGCUGUCCUGGAUUACUAA